AUCUUCUUGCUUCGGCCACGCUACAUAAAGCAAAUCUCUCUACCAUGGCGAGACACGCUCGAAUCGCCCGGAGAAAUCGAUGACACUCGGUAUCGAAUUCCCAUCUUCCGCCUGGUGAGACACUGGAACAUGGCGUUCAUCUGCCCCGGAGUAUAAGUUGCAUCAGUUAGAAAUUUCUGUUCUUUACAUCGAUAUUAUCGAACGUCUUCUUCCAAUGAUUUUUCGGAGACUUUGCCUUUCUAUUGCCCAUUCUGACCUCCAUUUGCCAACCUUUCACAAAAGAAUUGGGUGCCAAUUUACUUCUACCAGGUCAAGUCCGACUUUUUUCUCUCGGAACUGUUAUAAGCCAACAUCUCAGAAACUCUCUGUGGCUCCUCGUUUUGUUUCGUCGAAUUGCGAAAUGGGUGAUGCACGAAGACCCCCUGCUGUACCCAUUCCAUCGCUUGACAAAGCUGAUAAGAACGAAUUGCUAAGAGCCCUUGAAGCCUCAGUGGGUUCUUCAUUUAGUCUUGAACCAUUGCGCCCUGUUCCAAAACCUUUGAUUAUUGUCAUUAGUGGACCAAGUGGAGUGGGCAAAGACGCAGUCAUUAAAAGACUGAGGGAAGUUAGAGACAGUCUCCAUUUUGUUGUUACUGCGACUAGCCGGCCAAUGCGACCAGGUGAAGUUGAUGGGAAGGAUUAUUACUUUGUCACUAAAGAGGAGUUUCUCUCCAUGGUUGAAAAGGAUGAACUACUGGAGUAUGCUUUAGUGUAUGGUGACUAUAAGGGUGUUCCAAAGCAGCAAAUACGUGAGUACAUGGCAAAGGGGUAUGAUAUCGUGUUGAGGGUGGACAUACAAGGGGCAGAAACCUUGAGGAGGGUUCUUGGGCAGUCUGCAGUUUUUAUAUUUCUGGUUGCAGAGAGCGAACUGGCACUUGUUCAGCGGUUGAUUGGUCGGAAGACGGAGACUAAAGAAUCGCUUCUUGUCAGAAUAGCGACGGCACGUGAGGAGGUCAGACAUAUUAAUAAAUUUGAUUAUGUUGUUGUGAAUGAAGAAGGACAGCUGGAGAAUGCUGUGAAAUUGGUGGAGUCCAUCAUUGAUGCAGAGAAAGCUAAAGUUAAACAAAAGGCUGCUGUGAUAUAGGGAACAUAGAUUAACUUCAUUUUCAAAGAAUGUGCAUUUGUUACUGCGAGCUUAAAAAGCCCUGGUCUUUCUUAUCAAGGCAUUCAUCUGCUGUUUGGCAGUUAGCUUAUGGGAGCUUUUAUGGAGACAUCUGUGAUUUAUUUAAUAAAAGAAGAUGCAGAAGGUUGAUAAGCUUU